GCCCGGCCCGGCCCGGCCCGGUCAUGCUGUCCCGGCUGCUGCGCGAGCACCAGGCCAAACAGAGCGAGCGGAGGGAGCAGCAAGAGAGGAGACGGCGAGAGGCCAUUGCUGCAGCCACGUGCCUGACUGAGGCCCUGACGGACCACCUGAACGUAGGGGUGGCCCAGGCCUAUGUGAACCAGAGAAAGCUGGACCAUGAGGUGAAGACGCUGCAGAUCCAAGCUGCCCAGUUCGCCAAGCAGACGGGCCAGUGGAUCAACAUGGUGGAGAACUUCAACCAGGCGCUCAAGGAGAUUGGCGACGUGGAGAACUGGGCGCGCAGCAUCGAGCUGGACAUGCGGACCAUCGCCACCGCCCUGGAGUACGUCUACAAGGGGCAGCUGCAGCCCUCCAGCUCCUGAGCCCCCGCCCGGCCGGAGCCCCCGCA